CUUGCGGGUGCUUUUAUUGGAUGUGCCGCUGUCAAGCAGUGCUGAAGAAUUGGAAGGGCAAACGCCAGAAAAGGCAGAGACAAGACAAACAUUAAAAUCAGCAUUAUGUAGCUCGGUCCCGCCUUAUGUCCGCUCGCGUCAAACUGAGAUAAUCCUGCCGUCACCGAUUUUUAACAUCUGAAACUUGUGGACACGGAGCGUGGAUUUUUUUUUUUUUCCUUUCUUUUUUUUUUGAAGAUUUUUUUUUCCUCCGAGUGUGUGUGUCUCUCUCUCUCCCUCUCUCUCUCUCUCAAGCGACUACAUUCUCCAGAGGUGGUACCUCUUCAUAUUACAAUCAAACAGCCUCUACAUCUGUUUUUGUCAAGCUCCAGAAUGAGAGGAAAAAUCGCGGAGCCUGUAGCGAACUGCAGCCGGGUUUGGAUCUCUUGAAUCAGGCGGAUCAUCCUCCACCGGGGGAGCGGAUGCCUGAAUGGAGACUGCGAGCCAUCCACCAGGAUCUCCCCGCUUCCUAAAUUGGUGAAUUUGUGGGCUGACAAAUGGAGUGUUCUGUCGGGCUGCAUGGCCUUGUGUUUCACCGACGGUGUUUGACAUGGGAGCGACUGACCAGAAUAACACUCCGCAGUGUGAAUAUUUCAGCCUGUUGAUGAUGAGCCGCUCAGGACUGGAGCAAAGUGUCGUGAGAAUCGCUUUUCUGGCCCGUGUGCUGAGCUGAAGUGGACAACCAGACUGUUGAAGAAGACCAAAAAAACAAACAAACAAACAAACAAAAAAAAGGCAAUAUUUUUCAUGGCUCCGAGGUGGGGGAGGACGGAUACACAUGAAACCUUGGACAUAAAAAAUGGAUAAAACUCAUGCGUAAAGCUGAUGAGGGAGGGGGGGGUCUCAGGCCUACUUGAUAGCAGUAGUGAAGUUGAUGGGUGGGUGGGGGGAGUGAGAAAAUGAUGAUGUGGUACGAAUUGAAGGCGAGAAGAAGAGCUGGAGUGAGGGAUAAAAUCCGUGGGGAUCUUGGUAGCUGAAGAAUAACGGAACCCAAGUUUCUCCAGGACAAGACAGCUGCUUUCAUUGAAGCUCUCCAAUUAACUUCAUGUGAAAAACAGGGAGAGGAAAUCAGCUUCCUGGUUGAGGGGUGGGUGGGUGGGUAGGGGGGGUUAGAUAGAUAUUUUAUUCAUGCCUUAUGUUGGAGCAACUGGAGAACCGGCUUUCCUGUGGCCUAGAUGUUCUAUACACACACACACACAUAUGCAUUUGUAGAGAAACACAUAUUUUUGGAGAGAAUUUUAACCUUUCGGAGGAAGAGUGGACCUUCAGAAACACACAGAGAGGACGAAUGACACUCUUGUAGCCUCAAAAGUAACGCACUUGGAAAGAAAAGAAGAAAAAAAGGCUGAAGUGGGUUUGAAGCAUGGGCUGUGCUUCAAGUAUUCAUAUCUCUGAUAGGGUGGUCUACCACAGUGGAAAAGAGUCUGAGGAUUCCCACUCACCCCAGCAGACUAAUACAACUCAGCAUCAAGGAAAUCCUGCCUCCGGACUACCCCUAAAACCCCCUAGCUGCAAGACCACAUUAACAGAGGUGCAGUUUGGACCAAUGAAGCUAUUUAAAGACCCACUUCAGGUACUUUUAGUUUUUGCCAAAGAGGACAGUCAAAGCAAUGGCUUCUGCUGGGCAUGUGAGAAGGCCAACUACAGGUGCAGCAUGGUGCGGACGCCUGAAUUCGCUCUCGAAUGCUUCUCAGAGAAGCUUCACGACCUCGUCAUCAUUGACCACAGACAUUCCAGACACUUUGACGCUGAAGCACUGUGCCGGUCAAUUAGAGCGGUCAACUCCUCAGAAAACACUGUGAUAGUCGCCGUCGUGAAAAGGCCAGACAGAGAGGAAGCCUCUGUGAUGCCGCUGAUCAAUGCUGGCUUUAAUAGGAGGUAUGUGGAAAAUGUCAAUUUGAUGGCCUGCUACAACGAGCUGCUACAGCUGGAGCACGGAGAGGUGCGGGCACAGUUCAAACUGAGGGCUAGUAAUGCCAUUUUCACAGCUCUGGAACAAAGCCAAGACGCCAUCGAGAUCACUUCUGAAGAUCAAGUAAUUCAGUAUGUGAAUCCUGCCUACGAGUCCAUUAUGGGCUACCAACAAGGCGAGCUAGUAGGGAAGGAAAUAAUAGAAGUGCCUAAAAGCGAGAAGAAUAAGCCUGAUCUCCUUGAAACGAUUAACUCCUGUAUACGAAAAGGAAAGGAGUGGCAGGGGAUUUAUUAUGCCAAAAAGAAGAAUGGAGACAACAUUCAGCAAAAUGUGAAAAUCACACCUGUGAUUGGACAGGGAGGAAAAAUCAGACACUAUGUGUCUAUCAACAGGCCUUUAAAUGAUAAUAAUAAGAGUGAUAAAUCCACUGAACGUGUGCAGGCAGAGUCACAAACAGAUAUACAAUCUUGUAAGCACAAAGACCGGAGGAAAGGCUCUCUGGAUGUCAAAUCCAUAACGUCUCGGGGGAGCGAUGGUAGCUCACAGAGAAGACACUCCUCAAUGGCCCGAAUUCACUCCAUGACGAUAGAGGCUCCCAUCACCAAGGUUAUAAACAUCAUAAACCAAGCACAGGAAAGCAGCCCCAUGCCUGUGGCAGAGGCCUUAGAUCGGGUGCUGGAAAUCCUGAGGACCACAGAGCUGUACUCUCCACAGCUGGGCACCAAGGAUGAAGAUCCACACACCAGCGACCUCGUCGGGGGGCUGAUGACGGAUGGUAUACGCAGACUGUCAGGAAACGAAUACAUCCUCGCCACAAAGCAGCCCCACCAUCUGCCAAGUCACCUGGCGACCCCUCUGUCAUUAAACGACAUCCCCCCUCGGAUCGCCCAGACAAUGGAAACUGAAGACUCGUGGGACUUUGACAUCUUUAGCUUGGAGGCUGCGACCAUGAAACGGCCUUUGACCUUCUUGGGCCUCAAGAUUUUCUCCCGCUUCGGAGUGUGCGAGUUUUUAAACUGCCCUGAAGCUACGUUGCGCUCCUGGCUGCAAGUGAUUGAAGCCAACUACCACUCCAGCAACUCCUACCACAACUCCACCCAUGCGGCUGACGUCCUGCAUGCUACGGCAUAUUUUCUCUCCAAGGAGAGGGUGAAGCAAAGUUUGGAUCCCAUUGAUGAAGUGGCUGCUCUGAUUGCCGCCACCGUGCACGAUGUUGACCACCCGGGCCGCACAAACAGCUUCCUGUGUAACGCAGGAAGUGAGCUGGCCAUUCUCUACAACGACACAGCUGUGCUAGAGAGCCACCAUGCUGCUCUGGCCUUCCAGCUCACCACCAGAGAUGACAAGUGCAACAUCUUCAAACACAUAGAAAGGAACGAAUAUCGAUCGUUACGACAGGCCGUCAUAGACAUGGUCCUCGCAACGGAGAUGACCAAACACUUUGAACACGUCAACAAGUUUGUGAACAGCAUCAACAAGCCGCUGGCUGCACUGGAGGAGAACGGGAAUGAGACAUGUCAGGGAGCAGACAAUAGAGCAGAGGCCAGCAGCAGGGACAGAGAUUCUGGGUCUUCUGAGGGAAGCAGUGACGAGGAGGCUAUCAAAAGCGUCCUGACGUCCCCAGAGAACCGGAUCCUCGUCAAGCGGAUGCUGAUCAAGUGUGCAGACAUCUCUAAUCCGUGCAGGCCCCUGGAGCUCUGCAUAGAAUGGGCUGGCCGCAUCUCAGAGGAGUAUUUUGCACAGACGGAUGAGGAGAAGAGACAAGGUCUACCAGUGGUCAUGCCUGUGUUUGACAGAAACACGUGUAGCAUCCCAAAGUCCCAGAUUUCCUUUAUAGACUACUUCAUCACAGACAUGUUUGAUGCAUGGGAUGCUUUUGCGGACCUCCCCAAUCUUAUGCAGCACUUGGACAACAACUUCAAGUACUGGAAAGGCCUUGACGAUCGAAAGCUGCACACCCUGCGACCGCCUCCGGAGUAGCUGCUUGUGGCUACUCAGUCCCGGAAACCCGGGUGCAGAACCUUCUUCUUUCCUGCUGGGAAAGCAUCUGUGGAAGAAGGCCCUGUCUCUACCCCCCCCCCUGUCAGCCCAGCCCAGCCGCACAGGGACUCCUCGCCUUCACUCUCCUGCUUCUGUAGCACGCCGAGCGCCUCACAUGUCCGUCCACAGCAGAAAAACGCACAGAGGGACUUCCCGACACUGCCGAAGUGCUGCUGGCUUUUCACAGGCCUGUCGGAUGGGAACUGUAACCGUCGGACACGGACAUCCAGCAUCCUCAUGAACUUCUCGUGCCUCAUAGGCAUUCGCAGUGUCGCUGUUGGCACGACUGAAUGGAGGACGGCGAGGGCUUUGGGGGGUGGGUCCUCACCGGCCUCUGUGGCAAAGCAUCCAUCCUCUGACUACCGCGUAGGCACUCCUCUCUGCCUGUGAAGUUGCUGUUAGCAUCUAAAAAACUGUGUCUAGUCCAUUUAAGGCCAUGUAAUCACUUUUUCAACCUCUAGCUCCUGCGCUCGCAGCGAGGCAAAGCCGCUCCUAGAAACCAUUGGAGGCCACGUCAUAAAAGUACACUCCACUGCUUUUUUUUUUGUUUGUUUGUUUUUGUCUGUUCAUUCGUUUGUUUGUUUGUUUGUUUUGUUUUUCAGGCAAUAUUUCCACGUGUCCUUCAGAAACACAAAGUUUGACACACGGCUGUCAUAACAGAAAUGAGAGUGGAUGCUUCCUUCAUGGGUCAGGGGUGGACCUUUGUCCCAGGCCACUGCUGACAGCAAAAAAGAAGAAAAAAACUCUAUUACAGGUUAUUUAGUGUGCUAAUAUUUUCUUAAAUUUCCAUGUUUUCUAUAAUAAAAUUCACAAACAAAUUAGUAAAUGAGUAAGAGCAAAAUUAAUUUAGAAUUUUAAAAAAAGCCAAAGCUAUUAAAGACAAGUACUACUACGCUCAAAAAUUUACAAUUAUUAUUCAUGCGACCUUAUUAAGCAUUUUUUGUUUUCUUAUCAAGAGUACAGUACCAGUUUGAAUAAACGAAUGAACCCUUUUGUAUUGCACUGUAUACAACAUUAGAAGUGUCUACGUCUCAGUGAUUUGUCCAGGAAUGGGAUGUUGCGUUGGAGAAAAAGCUGUUUUUCUCUUGAUCAUCAGUAGAUUGUCUGCUUGUGUGAACGCGUGUGGGAGUUUGGUUUUCCUUUUUUUGUUUGUUUGUUUUGUUUUUAUUUGCUUUUUGGUUUAUUUUUUUUUCUUCUUCUUUUUGGUCGUUGGUGUGUGAGUGCGCGGGUGUGUUCAUUGUUGCAGCAAUCCCAUACUCCUGGUUUGAUGCUGUAAAACCGCUUGACGUUUGACAACAGCAGCAGAAAUAUGUGAAAAAUCGUUUUGGACUUGAACAAUCUUCUUUUUUUUUCUUUCUUUUUUUUUGUCCUCCCUGAAAUUUUUUGUAUCUGGUUUGACCUACUGAAGAAGAAGAAGAAGAAGAAAAAAAGACUGCCUUAUUUUGUACAAUAUUUAUACAAUACAUCCCACUGUGCAACUGCUAUGGACAUCUGGAGUUUUUCUUAUAACACAGUCAGAAGGUUACCUUCAAGUAAAUCUCAAUAUUUUUAUAGACAAUGAAUUUUACACUGGAUUUGCAGCAGAUGAGAUCAACCAUAAUAGCUAUCUGAACACCUGUGAAGGAGAAAGCCACACAGAGCGUGCGUAUAGAGAGCUGAAUGGUAAAGCAGGAUGUGGAUCGCAGAGUUGUCUAUCACUGUCUUUAAAGCAGUCUCCUGGAGGCCAGCUUGCAUUGAUUUUUUUUUUUUUUUCUUGUCUUUUCUUUUGAUCAAAACAUCACUAUAUUUGGCCAAUCGUCCAACACCCUUAUGCACAGACCUGGGUAACAUCGUUUUUUUUGUUUUUUUGUUCAAAGUUGGAUUCAGAUUAGGAUACUAAUUUCUACGUUAAAAGAUCGAUGCUUCUUGAGAAGAUUUCCUCUUUAAACAGUGUAUAAAUCCCAUAACAGCUAAGCAAAUACUGGUUAAUGAGAUGCAUUAACCACAAUUAAUUUUGUUUCUCUCUUAUGACAGAAUUGUACACUUAAUCAGGGGAUUUGUAUGUUCCUUCUGAUUCACAUUUUUGGUCUGAAGGCACGGGGAGGGGGGAAAAUAGAAACUAUUCAAUAAAAAAUUAAAUAUAUCCUUGCAGUGUUUUUCCUGCAACA